CCGCAGCUCGGUUCAGUUAGCUGUCAUCGAAGAAGGGAAGGGCAUGACAUGGUGCAAAAAUUUCCAGUGUACAGUCAUACAUGCCUCGUAGCUUUGUGAAAAUAAACGGGGGUAUUCCGUGGUGUAGAGUCUCUGUGAACGCCGCAAAUUGUGUUCGGAUCGUGUCGACAUUUUGAUUUUUUUAGUUAGCUCCAUCAGAUAACAAACAAGCUAGCACUAGUCUAACUGUUAAAAGGUAGCGACUUGAAACAGAAACCAUCCUCAUGGCGUUAAUCCUGUUUACGAGGUCCCGGGCUCCUUUAAUGAAAACAUCCCGGUCGUUGAAGAAUGAAUUCCGGAAAAGUAAAGGGAAACUACAAGACAGUACCUGCUUGAACUGCACAGCCCUUCGACUCUCCACUCACAAAUUAGAUGGACACAGAUUGAGCAGCCUGGCCCAGGUGUCUUCGUUCAGCCCUUCCCUCCUGGUAUCAGACAGUCAUGUGAGCCCCUGUCAGAGUCCGGACUCGCUGCAGCUCUAUUGUGCUUUUAUGUUGGGGGCCUCGUCCUCCCCCUCCUCCCCGUACCCCGCCCUCACAGCAGGAGCCCCGUGGACGUUAGCCCGACCGCAGGACAUCCGCGGCGUCAGGUGGAUACACACCUCGAGGAGGAGGUGGGACGACUCCAAAGUGGAAAAAUCACUGAGGUCGUUAAAAGAGAAGAAGAAGCUGGAGGAAGGGGGGCCGGUGUACAGCCCCACGCUGGACGCCGAGCCCGUCAGACGGACGCUACGACAGCGGGUUCUAGACGAAAUCAAGCACUACUACCACGGCUUCAGGCUGCUGUGGAUCGACACCACCAUCGCUGGGAGGAUGCUGUGGACGGUGUUGAACGGACACCCCCUGUCCCGCCGAGAGAGGCGACAGUUCCUCAGAACGUGUGCAGACGUAUUCAGACUUCUUCCCUUCCUGGUGUUCAUCAUCGUCCCCUUCAUGGAGUUCCUGCUUCCUGUGGCGCUGAAACUCUUCCCCAACAUGCUGCCGUCCACCUUCGAGACACAGUCAAAGAAGGAGGAGAGGUUGAAAAAGGAGCUGAGGGUCAAACUGGAAAUGGCCAAGUUCUUGCAGGACACCAUCGAGGAAAUCGCUCUGAGGAACAAAGCUGCACAAGACAGCGCGACCAAGGAGUUCUCCACAUUUUUCCAGAAGAUCCGAGACUCCGGAGAGCGUCCCAGUAACGAGCAGAUCAUCCGUUUUUCCAAACUGUUCGAGGAUGAGUUGACUCUGGACAACCUGACCCGACCUCAGCUGGUGGCGCUGUGUCGCCUCCUGGAGCUCCAGUCCAUCGGGACCAACAACUUCCUCCGCUUCCAGCUCAUCAUGAAGUUGAGGGCCAUCCGCGCUGACGACAAGCUGAUUGCAGAGGAAGGCGUGGAGAGUCUGAACGUGAACGAGGUUCAGGCGGCCUGUCGUGUCAGAGGGAUGAGGUCUCUGGGAGUCACAGAAGACCGACUGAGAGAACAGCUCAGCCAGUGGCUGGAGUUACAUCUGAACCAGCAGAUUCCCACCUCUCUGCUGCUUCUGUCUCGAGCCAUGUUCCUCCCCGACACCCUGUCCCCUGCAGACCAGCUCAAGACCACCCUGCAGACGCUCCCUGAGAUGGUGACGAGGGAGGCCCAGCUGAUCGUAGCAGAGAUGGAGCUCUCCAAAGUGGACAAUAAGACCAAACUGGAGACGACGCUGAAGGAGGAGGCGGCGAUAAGACAGGACAACAAGGACCGGGAGAUGGAGAGGCUGGCGGACGCUGCAGAGAAGGCUGCCAGGGAGAGUGAGCUGGAGCUGGAAGCAGAGAUGAAGCCAGCGUUUGCUAAAGCUUCUGCUCAUUCAGAGACACUGAGGGACACAGCACCGGUUAUAGAAGCAAUUAAGUAUGAACAGUGGCAGAAGUUCCUGCGUUUCCAGGAUGAGGAAAUCACCAAAGAGGAGAUCGACCUGUUGAGUGACGCCUGCUCGAAGCUGAAGGAGCAGAAGAGGUUGUUAACUCUGGAGAAAGAGGAGCUGGAGGAACUGAAGGACGACGUCCAGGAAUACAACGAGGAUCUGGAGGAGAUAAAGAAGGAGCUGUCAAAGUCCGGUCAGGAGAAGGCGGUGGAGGAGUCCAAGGCGAGUCAGCGUCUGUCUAAGAGGGUGAACCGUAUGAUCGGACGCAUUGAUAAGAUCAUCCUGGAACUGGAGAAGGACAAGGUGAUCCUGGACGGACAGAUGGACAGUGGAACCACGCCCCCCGUUGGUCUGUUCUACACCUUCAGGGAGAACCUCAUCAGCAUCGACGAGCUCAUCAACGUCAUGAAGCAGAUCCAGAACAUCCCCGAACAUAAGCUGCAGAGCAUCGCCGAGGCGCUCGACGAGAACAAGGACGGCAAGAUCGACAUCGACGACGUCAUCAAGGUGGUGGAGCUGAUCGAUAAGGAGGACAUCGACAUCUCCACAUCGCAGGUCAGAGACAUCAUGGUGAUGCUGCAGAAGGAGGAGAAGCUGAUGGAGAAGGAAAAGGCCAAAGAGAAGUCGGAGAAGGAGCAGGCAGCCACGCUCAGCAGCUAAUUUCACCUGCACAUCAAAGACUGAGCACAGUUGAAAUGACCGCUGAGAAGGAGCUGAAAUGGUGCAGACUGGUCACGCCGGACGCCAGCGCUUCAGACAAACUGGUGAAGCUGAGCGUGAGGUAACAGCUGCCUUCUCAAAGCGUCAUUUCGACAUAAACUGAGCUCCAAAACAUGUUAAAAGAAAAGGCUUAUUGCCUUUAAAAACGCACAGAAUCAAAGAGCAAAUUGCCAUUAUGUUAACCACUUUGGACUGAUCGUGUAUGACGUUGAUCAUUAGUUUUGUGUAAUUUUACGCAAUUAUUGAAUAAUACAGGGUACACGGUGACUAGUCGUUGGUUCACUGAACUUAAUAGAUGGCAAGGGAGACUUUAAUCAAGAUGAUAUCUGGGAGAUUAUAUAUAUAUAUCUAAGAAGAUGAUUUAUUUAAGUUUGAGCUGGAACGUUAUGUCUUCCAUUUCAUCCAUGUUUUCAUCUCAGAGAAAUGAGGAAUCAUUUCUGGACUUUGCACAGUAAAAAUCAUCAUCAUCGUCAUAUCCGUCAUUCCACUUGAUCUUCUAAGAUUUUCUUCUGUUUAAAGUUUUCGAAGACGCCUCAUUCUUUCUAUUUUUUUAUAGCAGAGUUGGUUUUUUUUUCUCAGAGUCGGACAAGUAGCUUAUCGCUGUAGAAAUGGUGGCUGCAACCAAAGACAUCAUUACAUAAAAGUAUUUAAAAAAUGCAUGGGAAGGUUCAGAUAUUAAAAUUAAAUCCUCAUAUAUAUGCAUUUUUAGUCUUCGGAUAGUGUAGGAGAGGCUUUGGUAGUGUUAACGUUUUGCCCAAAAAGCCAAGGACUGCAUGUGCAUCAGUAUCACAACUAACUGUACUGUAACUUCUUUUUAUUUUCGAGUAUUUUUUUUUGCCAUGUUUUGGAAGAGUAGAGGUCUCAUUUUAGCACAGCUCCUCAUGAUUUCACUUUAAAAUGCCAAAGUUGCACUGAGGCACAUUUAAAAACAGAUUCUGCUUAUAUUCCUUAAAAUCACCCGUCAACAAAAAAACAGUAAAAACCUGCCGGAUAAAUCAGUA